UCAAGUGAGAGAUAACGACACGGAAACUCAUUCCAUAUGUGACCGCAAAAAGAGCGAAAAGAGCGAAGCCAUUUCAAAAUGGCGUCCAGCUGUGCUGGCAUGGACUCAGAGGAUGAAAGACGGCUGAUAAAGAAUUGGACUUUAGUGAAAAAUGAACUCGUGGUAGACAAGUUUCUUCAUGAGUUUACAGAAUCUAGGAUCUUCUCUGAGAGUACUCAUCGAGAAAUCAAAAACGUUCAGCCCAACACUCGUCUUAUGCGAGCUGACAAAUUUCUCCAUUCGGUGAUAAAAACUGGGUGUCAUGCGUAUGAGAAGUUCUGUGACGUGUUGAGAAGAGACAGCAAUAGAUACAAAGAGGUUAUGGACGUGCUCGAAAUCACAAAUAGUCCUGAAGCUGUACCAUCAGAUUCUGAUGACAGACCAGCGUCUAACGUAUCGUCCAAGAGUGAGCGUUCCAAUACAGAGGAAAAAAAACAAUCUGACCGCAACACUACGCAAAAUACUACUCCUGUCCAAUCAUCCACGGGCAUCACUGCUUCCAGCCCUAGAAAAGCUUUACCCUCCAUCGAUACCUCUGCCAUGACACCCGAACAGUCGUCUGUGGUACAAAUGACCCAAGCCGCGGCAUCUGCAAUGACUAACUCCGAGUGGGGGAUUCAGGGGGGAAUAGACGUAGAAAUUGUGGAAAAGGGCUUGAUAGAAAUUGCCCCAGCAAUUGCCGAGUUAAUGAAAAACGUGGUUGCCACUACAAGCAAUGAUCCCAUUAAGCUGGAAGAAUAUCAAAAGGUUCGAAAUGAAAACGAGGCCUUGCGAAAAACAAACCGCGCUCUUGUUGAACAACUGAAUUCGUUUCAACAAAAAAUAAUUCAGCUUCAAAUCGAAAACAAGAAGUUACGCGACACUGGGAAAUGCACCAAGCUUUUGAAAGGUGAUUUGGAAAAGAGAGCAACGACUCUCGAGAGUAUCCGAAAGCGUUUAGAGGAGCAAAAAGCACAUUUGGAAGAAAAGGAACGGGAUCUAAACAUACAACUUCGGAAAAUUAAGGAAAUAGACGAAGAACGUGAUCGUUUUAGCCUUAAAUUAAUGAAACUUCAGGUAUUGCAUGACGAUGGAAUGGCUGAGCGCAACGCUCAGAAAGAACACAUUUUAGAGCUUCGCGUUAUAAAGGAAAAACAACAAAACCAUAUUGAACUGUUGGAGGAUAUUCAAAGAAGUGAUGAAGAGGCAAUGAAAAUGCUGGAAGAACGCCUUAACUGUCUCGAACAAUACGGAACUCCUCGGUAUCAGACCGCCUCUUACCAAAAAAGUUCGACACGUGCUCGCAAAAACACGCGUGUCGUGUCCCCGCCAAGAACCAUGCACUGGAUGAACGGUAUGGUGAGUCGGUCACACCAUGCGAAUGUAAAAUUUCUCCCACCGUCUCCGACUCCGCGAGAAGCAAAGAAAGAGAAAGGCUUUUCAUUCUGAAAGGAGUUAUAUGGGGUGUGUAUUUUUCCACAUAAAUAUAAUACCUCGGACGUGGACAAGCAUUAACAGAAGGGGGAAUACCUUCUGGGUCAGCGUAGGUUCUAUAAAGGGUACAAGAUGAACUAACGACAGUGAGGGAUUUAUAUUACCUCCGUCUUAUGCUUCUGACAAAUGUAGCAACGUACAGGAUGAUGCUGUUUAGCGAGUGCAAGGUGAAUUGGUUAGUGCAAUUUAACAAUAAACCCAUAUACAUAUCGUUCAGUCUAGACUUACCACAUCAAAUCGAUAUCGUAAACGAUAAUCAAUCAAUUGCUCAUAGUGUCAUUGCAUUACAUAUGAUCAGUUCGGCUUUCGUUGAUUUUAACAUUCGUGUGAAGGGUGUAAAUGUGCUGCCACUGUAACGACAUUCACUUUUUGUAAAUUGUCUUGUCGGUUUUGUGGAUGGAGACUUUGUGUCAUAUUGCGAUUGCAGACGAUAAACCGUGCCAUGUUGUACAGAAUGUCAUAUUAAUAUUUUGAAGAAAAAUAAGCCUCGUCAAACUGCUAUUGAGUUAUAUCAUACUAUUAUUUAACCGAUGUCAGGUUACUGUUUUGAGGGCUUACUCAUACGCUAUUAUUAGUGGAAGGAUUGAAGUGUCAUAAUAAUAGGAUGAGGAUAAACCGUGUCAUACCACUUUAAGUCAUAUCCUACUAUUGAUUUCAAACUCCUGCCAUAUUACAAUAGCGAUGAUAACCCAUAUCAUUAGUGUGAAGGGUUGCACGUGCCAUGUUAAUAUUUAAAGUGUGGCAUACAAUGAAUCCUCUAUUGACACGCAUUCACUACUAUUUGAAGGGUAAACUAUGUCAUGUCAGUGAUAUAACUAGUUUAAAGGAUUAACCAUGAUAUAAAUGUGUGUCAUAUUAACAUUAAGCCAUACUUUUCAGCCAUUAUAUAUACAUGACACAAAACAAGCUAUUUAUUUGAAGAGUAAACCGUGUCAUAAUGCUAUUUUGAAGGUAUACCAUGUCAUGCUUUCAAAAUAAUGGACGGUUUACCUUGUAAUAUAAAGAGUUUAUAUGGUAAACUUAAUGAUACUAUUGUUGUGAAUGGCAAACCAUAUCUUAAUUUCUUAGGUCUUAUAUUAAAGAGACAUUUAAGUAAUUAUAACAAUAUGUCGAUAUCUUUAAUAAACCUCCUAUUGAUUUAAAACACUGCCAAUUUCCUUCGAUAUAUUUUCUGUUAUAACAUUGUGCAGUCAAAACGGGACUUUUGUAUAACUGUACGAUUGUCGGUAAGGUUAUUUAAAAUACUUCACUAGAUAAACACAAUUAUUACUGCAUCUUUACUCUGCUUGUGGAUUUCAUCGAUAAUACUAUGCGUUUACCCUGUUUCAAUGUUACACUAAUAUGCUAUUUGUUAAAGUUUUCUAUACUUAUUUCGAUAAGAUAUAAAAUAAUGGGGAAAACAUUAAGAUAUGCUGAAUAGUGUAUAUGCUGCAAGAUAGAGUAAAUUUUAAAAUAUAGAGAGCAAUGAACCUUUAAGACAAGAGUAAAUGCUGUAAGAUAAGAGUAAUUUUGUUACAUAAAUUAACUCGACAACUAAGAUAAUAAAUAAGCCAUUAAGAUAGAGGAGAGAGUAAAUGUCAGAGUCAAUGAACUAUUCAGAGAGUAAAUGAACCAUUAAGAAUAACUUUUGAUCGAGUAAAUAUUCAGAUGUAAAUGAGGUAUGAAUGUAGAAAGUUAAAUGAAUAUAAGAAAGUAUGGGUUUUUUUACGUAUUGCAGUUUGAGGUAUGCAAAUGUAACUGUUUGUCCAUUGAAGUAUUAUCUUAUAUGAAUGUCAUAUAUCUUAUAAACAAAUGUUGUUUAUCUGUAAAAAGUAAAAAAUAUAAUGUAUGGAAAAUAUAAAAUAUAAAUGGCAUGUAUUGUAACGGAAUUGCAUAUAUAUUAAAUGAAUAUCAUGUAGGAUGUAUGAACUAUCCUAUAUGAAAGCGCAAAUCUUCCAUGAAUGUUGUACAUAUUUAAUGUAUGUUAUAAAUACUAUGUCAGUUUACGCUUUAUAACCUAUAUCAGUUGCUGCUGGUAUUUUUUUCUAUUUUACUAGCAUUUGAAAUGAGUGUCACAAUAGCAUUCAAUUCAUUGUUUUCAACUAGCAUUCCUGGAAUUCUAUCAGACACAAUACUAAUUGAUUUGAUGGCGUUUAUUUUAUAGAUUAUUUUAUUUUUAAAUGUUUCUUUUGUGUAUUUAUUGUAGCAAAUACCAACAAAUAAAUACAUUAUUAAUACAGUAAUUGCUGCAUUAUUCAUAAAAAUGCAACUUAUCUCAGGAAAUAUAUUAAGCAUACUUUCACAUCUUGAACGUUCAACAUACGUAACAAUAUCGCAAAAUUUAAACAACAAAACUAGCUUAUAAUAAUGUGAUAUCACAGUACCUUCCCAUUAUAGCAUUACACAGAUUAAAUAAUAACACAAAAUUGCAAUGUUUUUGUGAGGAUAUUAGAGUAGGCAACAUUUAGAAAACUAUACAUUACUCUUGUGUAUAAUGUACAUCCAUUCUAUAAUUUUGUCGUUAAAUCAACUAUUCCGUCUUUGCGUAUUGCAAAGUUAUCUUCUCUUCGGAGCAGGUAUUGA